AUGGGCCCAAGUUCGAAAGUGACUUUGUUUCCCUGGGAUCCCAACUCGGACCUUCAUCUGAAACGUCUCGUGUCGCAGCGAGUCGAAUGCAGUUGGGACCAGGAAAAGGUUGAGCCAAAAUGGAAGAAGCAACAGCUCAAGGGCGAGAAGUGCAUAUAUUGGAUUGUCACGCCAUCAGAUGAGUCACAAGCGACAUCGCCGAAAGAAGACGAAAUGCUUCAAGACACAGCCACAACAAUUAAUGCUGUCCCACGCCAGCCGACAAAAGAAAGCUUCAUCCCCAUUGGUCACAUUUCACUAGAUUCCAAGAAUCCUGAUGCAGAGCACAUUGAGUUUGACCUGCCAGCCGAGAACGUCUUUUGGAUAAAGUCAUUCUACGUCAGACAGUCCAUCCAGGGCCAAGGAAUUGGGCGAGCUGCAAUGGAUGAGGUCGAGGCCAUGGCAGUCCGGGAACCACUACUAGCCAAGACAUUGAUGCUAGACACGGUCCAGAAAGAUGAUCAGAAGAGAGAAGAAUUUGCGAAUGCAACAUAUGGUGGUGUUCCAAAGAGUACGAACGAGGAAUGGUAUGCUCGUCGAGGUUACCAAUUGAUCAAGACCGUCCAGAACUAUUAUCGCGUCGCGGAUAAGACUGGCAAGGUUUGGGAUACAAAGACGGUUUUUAUGAGAAAGGAUAUUGCAGGUCAGUAA